AGUUGCCGAAGAAACAAGCAAGAAAUAGCAAAUAACUGCCCGAACGAUGCUUUCAAAUCUCAUUAACCGAUGAAAGCAACGCAUGAAUCAACCUUCUUUUAUUCUCUCUUUUUAGGGAGAAGAAAAGAAGGAGAGUAGUGGAGCUGACUGAGAAGUUAGUAAUGAUUUGCUAGAACUGGCAGUAGGUUUGAGGAUGGUGGUGGAUGGUGGCAGUGGAGACCGGGGCGAAUGGGAGGGCCGAUGGAAUCACAUCAAGAAGUUUCUGGAGAGAUCGGGACCUUUCACCCAUCCAGAUUUUGAAGCUAGCACAGAGACUCUUCAGUUUAUAUUGGAUACCUGCAAAAUUCUUGUGAUCGGUGCAGGUGGCCUUGGAUGUGAGCUCCUUAAGGAUCUGGCCCUGUCUGCAUUUCGUAACAUACACGUUAUAGACAUGGAUACCAUUGACGUGUCAAACCUCAACAGACAGUUUCUCUUCAGACCUAAAGACGUUGGACAGCCUAAAGCUGAUGUUGCAGCUGAUUUCAUCAACAAUCGUAUUCCAGGAUGCAAUGUAGUCCCACAUUUCAAGAAAAUUCAAGACUUUGAUGAGACAUUUUACAGACAAUUCCACAUUAUUGUUUGUGGACUGGACUCCAUCAUUGCCAGAAGGUGGAUGAAUGGCAUGCUGCUUUCUAUGCUGGUCUAUGACGAUGGAGUUCUAGACCCCAGCUCCAUCAUCCCUCUGAUUGAUGGAGGAACUGAAGGAUUCAAGGGCAAUGCUCGGGUGAUCCUGCCUGGCAUGACCGCCUGCAUCGACUGCACCCUGGAGCUCUACCCUCCACAGAUCAACUUCCCCAUGUGUACGAUAGCCUCCAUGCCUCGGUUACCAGAACAUUGUGUUGAGUAUGUCCGCAUGCUGCUCUGGCCUAAAGAGAAGCCUUUUGGAGACGGUGUGGGGCUGGAUGGAGAUGACCCAGAGCACAUCCAGUGGGUGUACCAGAGGUCUCUGGAAAGGGCAGCAGAGUUCAGCAUCACAGGAGUGACCUACAGACUCACCCAGGGUGUUGUAAAGAGGAUAAUUCCGGCUGUGGCAUCCACAAACGCGGUCAUUGCUGCGGCCUGCGCCACAGAGGUUUUUAAAAUAGCAUCAAGUGCCUACAUUCCUUUGAACAACUAUAUGGUUUUCAAUGAUGUUGACGGUCUAUACACCUAUACAUUUGAGGCAGAGAGAAAGGAUAACUGUUCAGCCUGCAGCCAGGUGCCCCAAAAGCUGCACUUCUCCCCCACAGCGAAGCUUCAGGAGCUGCUGGACUACCUGACAGAGAACGCCUCGCUACAAAUGAAAUCGCCUGCUAUCACAGCAACAGUGGAAGGAAAAAACAAAACGUUGUACUUACAGAGCAUUGCUUCAAUUGAACAGAGGACACGUCCAAAUCUGUCUAAAACGCUGAAAGAACUUGGUCUUACAGAUGGACAGGAGCUGGCUGUUGCUGAUGUCACCACUCCCCAGACCUUAAUUUUCAAAAUCAGUUUCACUUCAUAGGACAUAUUCUUUAUAACGGUUAUAAAGGUGUAUUUAAGUACAAUUAUGUAAAUAGGAAUGUGUCCAUUUCUCUUAUUGAUUUGUGCACCCAUAUCUGAUUGCAAUGUUUCCAAUUACAUGUUUUGGUGAUGCUCUUUUACUGUUAAGGAUAUUUACAGUAUGUGUUUCAUGCACUGUAACCUCACAACCUCCUUUACUUGGUGAAAAAUAGGUUGGUCAUUUGAAAUGGUGAUACUCUACUUUUAAAAAAACCUGCUUUUAUUUAUUUUGUUAGUGUUUUUAUUUUACCUGCAAUUACUCUGGUACUCCAGAAGCUAAAGAGGUGCAAUGUAAUCAGGAAAUAAAUGUUUUCCUAUACACCA